UCUUUUGUGGACAGGUUGUGUUGUACAGGCAGUAACAGAAGUUGUGACUGUUUGUGUCCACAGAUGACUUCGUCUCUCUUGUCUCUGCUGCUCUGUGUGAGCUCUGCUCUGCUCGUCACAGUAAACGCAGGAUGCUCCAGAGCAGGUGUCCCCACGGUCUGCACCUGUCCCUCAGGCUGGACUCAGAGAGACAAACACUGUUACCUGUUUGUGAGAGGUCAGGUGGACUGGGCCACAGCUGAGAGAGCCUGCAUUGCGUACGGAGGGAACCUGGCCUCCUUCCACAGCCGGGCUGAGUACGACUUCCUGAGGACGGUGGUCUACAGGGCCACAGGGUCCAACCCCAGGACCUGGGUCGGCGCCAGCGAUGCAGUCAAAGACGGGAACUGGCUCUGGUCCGACGGGUCCAGGUUCAGCUCUGUGAGCUGGGGCGCAGGAGAACCCAACAACGCCGGAGGACGGGAGGACUGCAUGGAGAUCAACAGAAACGGAGGAGAUUAUAUAAAUGAUGAAAGAUGCACCACAACCCUUAAUUUCAUCUGCGCCAAACAUCUGUGACUCUGACCAACCUGACCGAUGACAUCACUUCCUGCUGUGAUGUCACUUCCUGCAGGACAUCAAGCCUCGAUGGCGUCUCUGCUGGAAGACGUUCAGAUUUAAAUAAAUAA